UCGGUUUCAGAGCGCUCUAUAAAUACACAACCCUGAAGAUUCAGGGUACAAAAUAUAGGAUUUUCCCUAUUUCUUUUUCUCCCUCUAAUUUCGUUAUCCUUUACGUAAUUGGCUUUACCAACCCCGACCGCCACACCGAGCCGGAUAAAUUCAUUGUUUCCAGGAAGGUUUAGGACAUGGCUUCCAAGCGAAUAUUGAAGGAACUUAAGGAUCUUCAAAAGGACCCUCCUGUCUCUUGUAGCGCUGGUAAAUUCUCGCUCUCUCUACUUUUACGCUUGCAAUCCUUAUAAGUUUCUGUCUGUUUCUGUUUUAUUUUGUUUAUGUGCGGCGGGCAUGCAGUAAUUCUAGUUGGAUUUUGUUUUCGACGAUUGAUUGUUAUGGAUGGUUGUAGUUAACCUUGGGUUUGAGGUUUCGGUUAAAUUAAACAAGUUGUAAUUUACUACACUACUUUGGCUUUUUCAUAGAUCCAUCCUGUUUCAGAGUUUUGAAUUCAGUCAUGUUGUAGGACAGGCUUCCUUAACAAUAAUACUUCCUGAAAUCUCCAUUGGAAUUUAAGGGUUAGGUUUACCACUUUUAAGUUCAAGGACAGGCAAACAUUAAGGAAUUUUUAGUUUUUAAGUGGGCAGGGGUUCCUAAAGUUGCUAAUAAGUAUAAGGAUACAGAGGCCAUUAUAUCUCGUGUUAUUAUUCGUAAAUGCUGGGUUUCUCUAUCGCUGUAGCUUUCGUUGGUUAUGGUUUACAUGUGUGUCUUGACUAAAGAUAUGGUUUAUUUGUAUAUUUCAGGUCCUGUUGCUGAAGACAUGUUCCAUUGGCAAGCAACAAUUAUAGGCCCUUCAGACAGUCCUUAUUCUGGUGGAGUCUUCCUGGUUACCAUUCAUUUUCCUCCAGAUUAUCCAUUCAAGCCCCCCAAGGUUUCUUUCAAGACGAAAGUUUUCCACCCCAAUGUAAACAGCAAUGGAAGCAUAUGCCUCGACAUCUUGAAAGAGCAGUGGAGCCCUGCUCUCACAAUCUCCAAGGUGCUACUAUCAAUCUGUUCUUUGUUGACCGACCCAAAUCCAGAUGAUCCUUUAGUUCCUGAGAUUGCUCACAUGUACAAGACAGAUCGGAACAAGUACGAGAAUACUGCAAGGAGUUGGACUCAGAAGUAUGCCAUGGGCUAA